AUGUCAUCAUUUAAAUUUAACCCAAAUAUGAAUCUGAACCGAAAAUCCUUUCGCCAACGAAAGGUAGACAAUAAGAAGCCUAUGCGUAUAAUGCUUCAACAUGAAAUCAGUGAAGAAGACAUGCUACCUGUCAGUAGAGCAGGGGUCGAUGUGGAAACGGGAGUAGAAAAGGAGGAAGAAGAGGAAAUACAUCUUGUUACUGCAUUAGAAAAACGUCAACAAGGGAUCGAAGAAGGAUAUGGCACAUCAAUUGGCGAGGGUGAACCAGCGAUUCCUUGUCCUGAUUCUGAUGCCAAUAAAAGACAUUUAUUUCCACCUAACUGGAAAAUGUCACAUACAUUCCUCAAAUUUUCUACACCAAUAUUGGAAUGUGUCGGUUGUUUAUACAACAUGGAUGAAGAUGAUGAAGGAUGGUUAUCUAAAUAUAAUAAAGAUGGUAAUAAUAAUCUAUCAGAGGAUGAUUUUGAAGAGAUAAUGGAGUUUUUUGAAAAUCAAGCAAAAAAUAAACCACAUUUGUUGGUGUAUACACAUUGGAAAACUAAACGACAACAACGAAUGAUACGCUACAAGACGGUAGCUCCAUUAAUGUUUGAACUUAAGACUGCAGAUACAAAAGAUGAAGAAGAUAAUCCAUACGUAUGCUUCCGUCGUCGAGAACUUAAACCAAUGAGGAGGACUCGUCGUACCGAGACACAGUCUUUCGAUAAAUUAAGAAGGAUAAGGCGCGAUGUACAUAAUGGUCGAGAAAUAAUAGUUAAAGUAAAAUCUCGUGAAAGGUUCAAGAAGCAGAGGAUUGAAUUAAAUCGAAAAAUAUUUAUAAAAGAAUGUGAUAUAAAAGAGAUGCGUAAAGAACUAGGAAUCCAAAACAAUGUUUCGGAUUCACAGCAAAGGAACAAGAACAGAAAAAUAUCAAUCUCACAUAUGGAUGCUAUUGGCUCCUUAAGAACAAAGUCUGGAACUAAAUCCUCAAAAAAAGAUAAAGAAAGUAGUGGUAUUCACAUAGAUGUGACACAUGCAAGUAUCAAUGCUUUUAUGAAAUUCGAUGCUGAUAAACUAUCAGUGUUACCUCCUGCAUUUAGAAGUCGUUAUGGGCGUGGAGGUCGUAAACGUCGUACUAUUGACCGUCUUGAUGUGUUUACAAUUUACCGUAUGAAAAGGCCAAAGAAUAAUAAUUUUAAAUACGAUUCGGACGAGAUGGAAGAUGUUUAUAGUGAUGAUGACAUGGAUUCUGACGAAAUCGAUGAUAAUUCAAACAUGACUGAAUGGUCAAUUAAAUUUCAUUUUUUAAAAGACGAAGAUUUCCAAAGUCUCGGUGCGUUCCGUAAUAAUAAGGUUCAGAAAGAUAAACAGAGUUCUCCGAGGCAAUGCUCACGUGAUGAUGGUCAAGUCGGUAUUUCAACUCAAAACCAUUCACAGAAUAGCGCUCAGGCGAACAUAGAUCCUCGAGUAUCCAUUUCAGCUUCACAGUCUAGGUCGAAUUCAGAAGUUCGAUCAAACUCUGAACCGCGAGCUGAAGGCUCGUCUUCAAGAGGAAACCCUGAUACACGAAUCACAAUUGAUAUGGACUCAUCACGUCCGAAUAUAUUACCUAGGACUGUCGUAGAUCAGCGAUCAGUCCGACCUAAUUAUGAUUCUAAUAUCACUUCAAGAACAGACCCACGUUUCUCCGACCUUAAUUUUUCCAGGGAUGCAAAUCAAAGUUCAGCACAAAUUUCGCAACGUGCGAACCCAGCUAUCUCCAUUUCAAUCACAAAUCGUGAACAACAUCUUUCUUCGGAUGUUAAUGUAAGCCGGGAUCAAAUUUUGAAUACUGUUUCACUUACCGGACGAGACCAACGUUUACCUGUCGAACAGAAUCAAUCUAGUGACCAACGAUUACUUACCGAAUCACGUCCUAAUCUCGACCCCCGCGUCAAUCUAUCUCAUAACGGUCAUGCUGUAAGGACAUCGAUAUCACUGAACCAUCGAGAUGCAACACCUUAUCGACGUCCAAUUCAACGCAACGUUCGUAUGUCGGAGGAUUCCACAAACACCAAUGGGAUAGCAGGCAUCAGUCUUGUUCAAACCCCAAGAAUGACAUCACCUUUACAAGGAAGUGCGACUGGAAUUGUCCCCACCAAUGUUCAUAUUAACGGUCAUAGUUCUGUAAUACCACUUUCUCAGAUAACACCACAAAUUACCACAAGACAAUUAUCAGGAAACUCGCAAGCUAAUGCUACAUCAACAAUAAACGGUGUUGAACUUACUCGAACUUCUUCAAACCCUGGAAUAAUCAUGAACAAUACGACGCCGGUGCUUACUCGAACGCCAUCAAACCCCGGAAUGAUGGUGAACAGUGUAACACCUGGACUUUCUAGAACACCUUCAAACCCGGGAAUCAUAAUGAACGGUACGUCACCUAGACUCACUCGAACUCAUUCAAACUCUGGAAUUAUUAUAAAUACUGCAACUCCGGUGAUUGAUCCUAGAAGACUUCAACGAACACCUUCUACACAAGAAGGGAUUAUGAUGAACAUUACCUCUCCCCUAUCACGAACAUCUUCUAAUUCAGGAAUGAUUAUAAAUAAUUCUGUUUCAUUAAUAGAUAAAAUCAGUAAUGGUGCUGCUUUGGUUAAUUCCGGACAUAGGAUAGCUAUUGCAAACGGUGGACAACCUACUUUCACUAAUGGUAGUCCUGGUGCACCAUCACAACAAGCAACUCACCUUAAUGUACAGUCUACACGCCCACAUUUGAAUAUAAACAAUUCCAGAGGACUUUCUAAUGAACAAUUUGUCCAUUCAUCUGAUCAAAACAAUAAUAUACAAAUGUUGCAACGUACAAUAUAUGCUUUGCGUACACAACAGCCAGAACUGACGCAAACUCAGUCACAAGAUCAGACGCAGAAUCAAACACAAAGUCAAAUACAAAUUAGUCCUAACGUUUCUACAAACAAUCAGACACAAACUAAUAAUUCAACGAUGCGACAAUCAAUUGCCAUGUCUCGCGGAACACUUGGAACGCUUGGAACACUCGUCAGAGCCAGUAAUGCGGUAACACCAUCAACGGCUUCUGCUAAUCAAACCCCAAUUCAAACCAUAAUCGUACCUAGUGUCGGUUCGAACGGCCAGUCAAAUUCAUCAUCUCAACAAAUUCAAAAUAACGGAACAAAUAAUAUAGUACAAACUAAUGGAUCAUCGAAUCUCAGACAGGGUAAUGUACAGACAAAUGGUAGUACCGGUCAGAUACUUAGACAUACUAUGAAUGUUCCAAUUGUCGCGAAUGGAUAUCAAAGUGCUGUAGUCAGUAGUGCUGUUGUCGGUAAUAGAUUCCCUUUAUCAGCAAGAUAUGUUGACCGGGAUAGUUUACAACAAGCCUUUGGAAUUUUAUCCGACCCCUCCGUUCAGCAGGUUAAUAGUGCAACAAAUCCAAACAUUAGACAAACCAAUAUAAUGUCACCAAAUGGGCAAAAUAAUGUAAACAGUAUGCGACAAAGCUUUCUUAUGUCUAAUGGUGCAGUUUCUGUGGCUAGUAAUAUGGCACAAAUUAACCAACGUCCUAUAGUUCUUUCUAAUGGGACAGCUUUCGUCGGCAAUAAUGUAAUUUCAGCCAACGGCGUUUCAAAUUUAAACGUCCGUCAAAUGCAGGCGAACCUUAAUCUUCGGCCAAUGACGCAAAAUGGUAUUCGACAAGUCCAUUCGAACGGAGCGUCAAGCCAAGGUUUGCGUCAGAAUAUUGUAGUACCUACUAAUGGAUUUAUGAAUGCAAGUCCUGUUCAGCUAUCAUCAAAUGUAUCAAUUAGUAAUAUGCGACAACCUAACAUCCCUAGUCAAGCCUCUCCAACUAGAGAUUCAACAAAUGGAUUGUAA